UUACGAUAAAUUAAUCAAUAAUAUCCACCUCGCUCUGUCAACCGCAGGUGCCAAAAAACAAUCCUCAAACUGUAUUAGGAAAAAACCCCCAACUGUAUGGUGGGACGAUGAGUGUAGGGAGGUGAUUCUGCGAAAGAGCCAAAUUUUUCGCGGGUUCAAGCUUUCCCCUUCAUCUGAGAAUCUAAAGGAAUACCUGGAAUUCAGAAGAUACUCGUCUAGAUUCUUUGCUAAAAAAAAGAAACUUGCGUUCCGCGAGUUUUGCUCCUCGUUGAACAUCAAUACACCGACAUCCACCGUUUGGAGAUACAUUAGAGCAUUUACAAAUAGAAACUCUAACAAUUCUCCGUGUACCCACAUCUCUGAGGACUCCUUCCUGGAGGCUUUCAAUAAGUUGGCCCCCCACCCCCUCCGCCCAUACUCCUACUACUAAUAUUCAAAGCUUUAUUACAUCUCUGCCUAACAUCAGUAUUAAUAUUGAUAAAGAAUUCCUUCUUACCCCAUUCUCCAAACUAGAAUACAACGAAGCCAUAUACACGUUAAAAGUUAAAUCAGCUUCCGGACCCGACUUAAUCUCUAAUAAAAUUAUAAAAAAAUUCCCUGAAGAAUUACAUCAUCUUAUAUUAAAGCUAUUCAAUCUAAUGUUCAACAAAAGCAUUUACCCUCAUCAAUGGACUGAAUACUUUACUGUAUUCAUCCCCAAACCAGGUCGAAAAGAUUCCCUAAGACCGAUAUCACUAGCGAAUAAUCUAUUGAAAAUCUUUGAGAAGAUGAUAUAUAAAAGACUCGAAUGGUGGGCGGAAAAUAGUUCCAUCUUUUGCAACACUCAGUUUGGCUUCAGAAGAGGCCUAUCUUGUAUAGACAACAUUUCCACACUAAUCACGGACAUACACAUUUCUAACAAGGCCCGCAAAUUCACAGGGGUAGUAUUUCUGGAUAUUAUGGGAGCAUUUGACAGGGUCCAACCUGAAGUUCUUAUAAUGCUUCUCUCCAAAUACGGUCUCCCUUCAAAAAUUUUAAAAUUCAUAACUGCCCUCGUCUCUUGUCGGCUUCUUAAAGGUUUUGCCGCUGGCAUUAACUUACACAGCCGCUACACUACAAUUGGCCUCCCCCAAGGCUCCAUACUCAGUCCUAUCUUAUUCAACUUAUACAUAGCUCUUUCUCACACCGUAUUGCGUAACUCAGUAAAAAUUUUGUACUACGCGGAUGACAUAGCAAUCUAUUGCUCUGAUGACCAGCUAGAGUCCAUCAAUCACCUGCUAAACAUCGCGCUCGAUAACCUCUGUCAAUUCUUCGCCAAUCUCGGACUUAGUUUUUCUCCCCCAAAAUCCAGCUUCAUGAUAUUUUCUACCCUCAAACCACGCAACCUUCGUAUCCUCUUAAAUAAACAUAAAUUUGUAUUAAAAAUUAGUAAUGAAAACAUCCACUUUUCCGCUGCAACGCGUUUUCUAGGGGUCUUAUUGGACUCCGAACUUAACUGGAAAGCACACAUCAACUAUUUAAAAAAUCGAAUAACACCAAGAAUUAAUAUCCUUAAAGCUAUUACAGGGAUCCGUUGGGGCGCCCACCCCGCUAAUCUUCUCACCAUAUAUAAAGGCUAUAUAAGACCUAUACUAGACUGGGGGUGUCAAGCCUUUAAUCCAUUGAGUGAACAACUCUACUUAAAAGCUAGCCGCAUGCAAUAUGCAGCCUUGCGCACUGUUUCAGGCCUGAUGAUAACCACUCCCACUAACGUCCUAUUAGAUAUUAACGGGGAAUUCCCACUUGAAUCGCGCUGGCACUAUCUUACCCUGAAGUUCUUAUGUAAAAUUGUUGCGCGAAAUUCACAUCCUUUAUGCCAAACAAUAACAUACAUGUCCACUCAGUCCGACAACGAAAAACAUAAUAUAUGUUACCUCAUUGAUAUCUUCCUUGACCACUCAAAUCUUUACGAGCAGAUUGAACAUUACUCUUUACCUGGAUAUCUUGAAUUUCCAUAUAAAUGCAGACAUCACGAACCUAUAAUUAACACAGAUCUUGGCCUUCAAAUCUCGGCAGAUGCGGACAUUUCCGAAUCCUUUAACCGCCUCACGCUGCCCUUUAAAUUCGAAAUCUCCUACUACACUGAUAGUUCUCGAACAGAGUCCGACAACAAGGUUGGUUACGCGGUCUUUUCUCCGGAGACCGGUUUAGAAUACAGAGAAAGAAUAAAUAAUAAUAACACUAUCUUUGAGGCUGAAGCUCUGGCAAUUCUGUACGCCAUCAACACCAUCCUAAAAACCAAUGCACGCAAAUCUGCAAUUUUCUCUGACUCCUUGAGCGUGAUAUCUAGUCUCAAAAACCCCGCAGCCACAGGCAACCCUCAUCACAGAAUUUAUCAAAUUCGAAAAGCCCUUUUUGAGUGUUCAAGGCAAUUGCUAGAGACACAUAUUUUUUGGAUCCCUAGUCAUAGGGGCAUCCCCGGCAACGAAAGAGCUGAUUCGCUAGCCAAAGAAUCUCUGCAUCUUCCUGAUCCUUUCCUCCUCAGCAAGUGCCACUACACAAAUCUUUACUCCAAAUUCAAAACUCUAUCCAAAGACAGAGCUUCCCAGAUUAUUCAGGCGGAAAGCCUUACUAAAGGAACAAGAUAUUUCAAGCAUAUACACAGUGUCUUAUCUCCCCCAUGGUACACAAACAAAAACAUAAAGGAGGAUCUUCCAAGGCCAAUGGUGACAUUUAUCUCGAGAAUAAGAACAUAUCACACUUCAAUGAAGGGUCACCUCUGGGACAAGAACAUCUCCACCUCCUCGGAGUGUUCCUGUGGACACCCAUUUCAGGAUUUGAAUCAUGCUUUCUUCUGCUGUCAUGACACGUUCGAAAAGUCGGACGCUCUUAUUACUGCAUUGCAUAAAAUCACACCUAACAUCGCAUUGGACAUACCUGAGUUGGCAUUUACCAAUAAUAUCAAGAUCUAUCGACUCUUGUUUGAUUUCGCCAAGGAAAACAACAUACUCAUCUAAACCUCACAU